UGAUAUUUAGCGUUUCUUGUUUUAUCGAACACUUGGUUCGGACAAGACAUGCGAGCAGUGCAACAUGAACUGGCAAGUUGUAACAACCUAUUCCCUCCACGCUCUCCUCCCCUUCCCCGUCCGCUUCCCCAGUGGCGCGGUGGUGCCAGGUGCUCGAUUAUUCUCGCCAGGAAGGACGGUCAAAGCCUGGGUGCAAGGUCCUGGCGGCGCAGUGCGGGUUCCGCCGCUGACGAGGAAAGUUUUAGACGAACCCAUUCGAAGUUUAAAGAAAGGAAAGAUUAUCCCUACCUUGCCGUAGCUCGCAGCCACGGAACACAGUGCACAGAAUGGUCAUGUAACUAUAACCAGUGGCAUCCCCCUCGUCAACGCAAGCACGAAGAAAAAAAAAAUCCUAAGAACUUUGCUUGCCAUGCCCAAGUCCAGGAAGGGAUGGCAGGGAAUGCCGCCCAGGGAGGGUCCGUGGCGCCUCCUGCAGUGGCUGAUCAUGCCCUCGUCGAUGGGCAUCCCGGCCUCCCUCACGCUGCUGUUUGUCGUCACCGCCGUAGGUAAGUGGCCGGCGCUCCC